CUCGGCACAACUUCUCUGCCGCACCCCCGGAUAAUGAUGGAUUUGUGAUCUCGGUCACGUCAUCCCAAUCGCGUCUUCGGCGCUCGCGAAGCUUAGAGCUCCUCAAUUGCAUAAGCAGCUCGACUUAAGUAGAGGGCCGUCUUCAAUAUCAUCGCAAUACUGCUCUUCCUCUAGAUAGCAGUGUCUAAACCAUGGCAUCCAAAGCGAUAGCAAUAGUAGCAGGCGUCGGCCCUGGCACCGGCGCCUCAGUCGCGCGCAAGUUCGCCGCCGCAUAUCCCGUCGUGCUGAUGGCCCGUAACCCAUCGAACUAUGAAAGUCUGGUAGAAGAAAUCAACAAGUCCGGCGGGAAAGCUAUGGGCAUCAGUACGGACGUCUCGAGCCCGGAAGACAUGAAGAAAGCGUUCGGUCAGAUCGAGCAAGAGUACAAGGGAGCGCCGAUUGCGGCGGCGGUGUUCAAUGCGAGUGGAAGGUUUGUGAGGAAGCCGUUGCUGGAUAUGAGCGUGGAGGACAUUGGGGCUAGUUGGGAGGUCAGCUGCAAGGGCGCCUUCCUCUUCGCCCAACACACCCUCCCAUCCCUCCUCAAGCACGCCGAAGACAGCAGCGCCAAGUACCCGCCAACCCUCAUCUUUACGGGCGCCACCGCCUCCGUCAAGGCGAACGCGCUCAUGUCCAGCUUCGCGACGGCGAAAUUCGCCAUGCGCGCCCUCUCCACCAGCAUUGCCAAGGAAUUUGCGCCGAAAGGCGUACACGUUGCUCAUGCCGUUAUCGACGGUGUUAUUGAUAUCCCCAGGACGAAGGAAUGGCUCAAGGAUAUGCCGCCGGAAGCGAAGAUCGGAGCUGAUGAUAUUGCGGAGACUUAUUGGAAUCUGCACCUGCAGAGCAAGCGAUGCUUCACCAAUGAGAUUGACAUCCGCCCGAUGCUUGAGAAGUGGUGA